AUGCAGAGCUCAUUAAGGAGUGUCUCUCCCCGCCGCAGCGACAUCUUCUGCCACGGCGACCUGCUGAAGACGGUCCAGCUGGCGGAGCUCUUCGGCGACUCGAAGGAGUUCGUGGACAUGAAGCUCCGGUUCGGGCCGGAGGUGGUGAAGCACAAUUUCCAGACGCUGCAGGAGUCGACGAGAGGGAGUCCGACGAAGGAGGAGGUCCGUCGGUUCGUGGAGGAGAACUUCCUCGAGCCUGGCACGGAGUUCGUGCCGUGGACGCCGGAAGACUGGACGCCGAAGCCGAGCUUCCUGGAGAAGAUCGCGAACCCGGCGCUUAGAGGCUGGGCGGAGCAGCUCCACGCGCUGUGGAAGGCGCUGGGACGGAAGAUGUCGGGGGACGUGGAGGCUCACCCGGACAAGCACUCGUUGGUGUUCGUGCCGCAUCCGACGGUCGUUCCAGGCGGGAGGUUCAGGGAGUUUUACUACUGGGAUUCUUAUUGGACGCUGAGGGGGCUCUUCGUCUCGGGGAUGAAGGAGACCGCGAAGGGGAUGAUCCAGAAUUUUCUGUACAUGGUGGAGCGGUUCGGGUUCGUGCCGAACGGGGGCCGCGUGUAUUACCAGCGGUCUCAACCGCCUUACCUCAUCCCGAUGGUGAAGCUCUAUCUGGAACACACCGACGAUCUCGAGUUUCUCAGAGAGAACAUCCAAACGCUCGAGAAGGAGUUCGCCUUCUGGAUGAACGAGCGGACGCUGAACGUGACGCACGAGGGGAAGCGGCACCGCAUGGCCCGCUACAACGUGGAGACGAGCGGGCCCCGCCCGGAGUCGUACAAGGAGGACUAUCACUGGGCGUCGCAUUUCAGGGCGGAGGAGGAGAGGAGUGCGUUUUAUAAUGACCUCAAGUCGGCGGCGGAGAACGUGAUCCCGGUGGACCUGAACAGCUUGUUAUGCAAGAACGCUUAUCUCCUCUCGGAAUUCUUCCGGCUCCUGGGGAAUUCCGACCGAGCCGCCAUUUAUGCCAACGAGGGCGACCGAUGGAACGAGACUAUCAAUUCGGUCCUUUGGGAUCCCGAGGCUGGGAUUUGGUACGAUUACGACAUCAAGCGAAAGGAGAGGAGGAAGGCCUAUUACCUGUCCAACGUGUACCCUCUCUGGGCCGGCUGCUACGGGACGACGGGACAAGGCGGGCAGGAGAAGGCGGCGGAGAGGGUGCUGGACUACCUGAAGCGGGAGGGAGUCCUGGAACCGAUCGGAGGAGUCCCGACGUCGUGGCAGGAGAGCGGGGAGCAGUGGGACCUGCCGAACACGUGGGCCCCGCUGCAGCACAUGCUCGUGAGCGCCUUACAGGGCGCGGGGGAGGAGGAGGAGGCGUUCGAGCUGGCGAGGAAGUGGGUGGAUAACAACUGGAUCACGUUCAGGACGACGAAGGCGAUGUUCGAGAAGUACGACUCGAUGAAGCAGGGGUAUCCCGGGCACGGGGGAGAGUACGACGUGCAGGUCGGGUUCGGGUGGACCAACGGGGUGGCGCUCGAGUUCCUCGCUCGGUACGGGCAUCGGUUGAGCACGGAUCUGGCGGCGGUGAGCGGCGGCGGGGCACGAGGGGGAGGCGCUGCCGCUCUCGUGCUUCUCGUCGCGGUCGUCGCGGGCGGGUGCAUUAUGUGUUACCCCCCUUUUCUCUAUUGGGUGACCAAGAAUCCAUCAGAUUUCCCCAACAUUUUUGCAUCGAAGUUUCUUGCCCCUUCAGACAUCCUUAAAAAAGAAUUCAACGAGAUCCUCAAUCUCACUUCCAAUCGGCCAUCUUAUGGCGACCUUAAAAAGUUCGUCAACAAGAACUUCCAGCAAGUGGAGGUGCUUUCUCCUGUACAGCCUACUGAUUGGAAACCCAAACCAGAGUUCACAGAGCGCUUAGUUGAUCCACUCUUAAAAGAAUGGGCAUUGAAGAUCCAUAACAUCUGGGUAGACCUUGGACGGACUGUAUCAAUCGAAGUAUUGAGGAAGCCGGACCAAUAUACAUACAUUCAUGUGCCAUAUUUACACAUGGUUCCAGGGGGGAAGUUUGAUAGCUUCUUCUACUGGGAUUCUUACUGGAUUUGCAAAGGCCUCAUUGUGAGUGGGAUGCUAGAAACAAUGCAAGGGCUCAUCCUCAACUUCAUAUCAAUGGUGGAGCGGUUUGGAUAUGUUCCGAACGGAGGGCGGGACUUCUUGAGUCGACGAAGCCAGCCUCCGAUGUUGACACUACUAGUCAGGGAUUAUUUUCAGGCUACCAAUGAUCUUGACUUUGUCAGAAGUAAUGGAGAGUUGCCAACUCAAGUUCAUCUAUUGGGCAGGGACAAGAUCCACAUACUAGUGAAAGAGUACAAUUAUUGGGUGAGGAACCACAGUAUAGAAGUACAAAAUGGGCAGAAAGCAUUCACCCUGUUCCGAUACAACGUUGAAGUUGAUGAUCCCAGACCAGAGGCUUUCCAGAAUGACCUUAACACUGCACUCCAAAGCCAUAGGGACUCACAGGAAGUGUAUUUUCACCUCAAGAGUGCUGCAGAAUCGGGCUGGGAUUUUUCUUCCCGCUGGUUUAUUCGCAAUGGCUCCAAUGCUGGGGAGUUGACAGAUAUCAGCACGCGAAACAUCGUUCCAGUGGACCUGAAUGCCUUUGUCUGUUCGAUGGCUAAAAUCCUGUCAGACAUGUACCAUCGCCUGGGGAAUGCCAAAGAAUCGGAGCGAUUUGAAAAGGAGGCCAAGAAUUUAGAAGAUGCCAUUCAGGCCAUACUAUGGGACCCAGAGGAGAAGAUGUGGUUUGAUUACGAUGUCAUCAACAGAAAGCAGAGAAAGUAUUUCUAUCUCUCUAACAUCACUCCCAUCUGGUCAGAGUGCACUGGGACUCAUCAGACGCCUGAGGAAGCCGUGAGGAGGACCAUGGACUACCUGAAGCGAGAGAGAGUGUUGGAUUAUCCUGGAGGUGUCCCUACAUCUCUGGUUGCCUCAGGACAGCAGUGGGAUUUCCCUAAUGCAUGGCCUCCACUUGUGCACAUCCUAAUUGAUGGACUUUCCAAGUACCCAGAUGUUCUUGAAGCCCAGACUUUGGCCUCUCAACUUGCUCACACUUGGUUGGCAUCCAAUCUACAAGCUUUUCUCAAAUAUGGAGUCAUGUUUGAAAAGUAUGAUGUGACAGAAGUGGGGAAGCCUGGGCAUGGAGGCGAAUAUGAUGUGAUGGAGGGAUUUGGGUGGACAAAUGGAGUGGUGCUGGAUCUCCUCAUGAGAUAUGGUAAUAGCCUCGACGUGAAGAAUCUGGUGGGAGUAAGACUGAUUGAAGGUCGUGAUCAUUCUGCUGCUGCUGCCUUCCUUGCUGGUGCUUCUGUCCUCCUUGGCUUUUGUGGCUGGUGCUUAGCAUUGGCAAGGCGCAAGGUGACUCUUGGUUCAUCUUCAUUGCCCUCCUCUGACUUGACAUAUCGAUUGCUUGGGGAUCAGGAGCAGAAAUCACGAGGGAAGAUGCAGUAUCUGCACCCCUCCCAGGACUCUGAAGGGGAGAGUCACCACCUUCUAGAUCUGUCUGCAUCUCCUCAGCCAAUUACCAAGGAGAGACCAUUACCUGAGCUAAACCAUGGUUGGAUCACCAUUAGUCCAUUACGGGAACAGGCAUCAUUUUUGGACGGUGCAAAUUCCAAGCCCGUGAUGAAGGACUUGUGUGCAUUUUCAAUCUUCUUGACUGACUGGAGGUUAAAAGUGGUGAAGAUCUCCACACUGCCAGAGAACAUGCAUCCAACGGCAAAGAACCUCCCAUCGCUACUCACUGCCAAUGCAGAGAGAACCUCUGAGGUCGCACACCUUGCUACCAUCUUCGAAUUUCCACACGGAUGCUGUCUGGUCCUUGCAGAUGCUGAUGAUCUUGGUGCCACAGGGACUCACAUCGAUAUCAUCUAUCUCCUUCGAGUGGGCUUGUAUCUCUUUGAUCUUCUCCAGAUCAUCGGACUUCCAGAACCGUAA